CGGCUAUAUGCAAAAUAAGCCAUGAGCCGCAAAAUAGUAAAUUAAAUAGUCAGUCUCGUGCCGGCUUUUAUGAUAGGAGGACAAUAAAUAAGUCAAAAAGUGUCUCCAUGUCCAUAGUGUAUUCUUGUGCAAUUUGAUUUAAUGUUUUUCAAGAGAAUCAGAAACUAUGACCUAUUGUUGAGUAUACCAAAAUCGAAUUUUCAAGGAAUCAGAUAGCCAUGGGAGAUCAGACAUUUUACACCCCAAACUUUGGAGAUGAGGUAUUUGAUACACUGAACAUAAAUCAGCAGCAGCAACACGUCCAACAGGGGCACAAUUAUCAACCACAUUAUCAACCUCCAAUGCAGCAGAUGAAUCAACAAAUGAACCAACAACAACACACAAUGGGAAGGCUUGAUCCAAUGGGAGGUUACCAGCAACCCCUUUACCUUUCCGGGCCAGAGCAUGGGAUGACAGGUCAGCAAUAUCAUAAUCCUCAACCCAAUUAUUCGAUGUCUUCAAGUCAACAAGCUUCGAUGACCCAUCAACAGAUGAUGAUGAAUUAUGGUCAGCCGAUGGGACAGUAUGGGGCUUCGCCUCAGCAUCCUCAGGAAAGAAGUAAUGGUCCCCCUGCACCUGGACAAGUACAUAAUACCUGCCAUGAUAGUAGUAACAGUACUGUACAUCCAGCAAUGUUACCGCCAAUACAACCACUGGUCUCGGAACUCACUAAUCCAAAGGCUCAGAAAAAGCGUAAAGUGCAAAAGAAAAAAGACAAGAGGGAUCCUAAUGAACCACAAAAGCCCGUGUCAGCUUAUUCACUUUUUUUCCGUGAUACCCAUGCAGCCCUAAAGGGUCAAAAUCCCAAUGCCAACUUUGGCGAAGUAUCCAAAAUUGUAGCUUCAAUGUGGGAUGCUUUAGAUUCUGAACACAAAAAUGUUUAUAAAAAUAAGACUGAUGCAGCAAAAAAAGAAUAUCUCCAGGCAUUGGCAGCAUAUAAGGCAAGUGUAGUGUCCAAAGAGGCUGGAGAAGUUGAAGGCAGACCUUAUGCUACUGGACCUUCUGGAGGAUAUCAACACCCAGGCACAAUACCAUCACCGCCAAUGUCAUUUUUUGGAGCUCCUACAUCACACUCUCCAUCUUACAUCAACAACAACGUCCUGGGGGGAGACUUUCCUGCACUUCCUCAUCCUGGUAUGAUGCCUUCACCCAAUGGCAGAGACAUUUCUAUGCGACAAGUUCCUCAUAACGCCCAUAUGCGACAGGAAGGCCAGCAAUCACAACAACAGCAGAUUAGCAUGAGCCCACCGUCAAUGGUCUCAUAUUCCCCUCCCAGGUCCCCAGGUGGUAUCAGGCCUCGUCAAAUCACCUGCAUACGUAAUGGAUGUACCAACCCGGCCAUAAUAAAUCCAGAAUGGGAAGACGAAUAUUGCAGUAAUGAAUGUGCUGUUAGCCAUUGCCGGGAUGUCUUCUCAAAUUGGGCAGCUGGCCGACAACAAAACUUGUUGACAAUUGAAUAAAUUAAAUAGGAGAGAAAACGCAAUAAUAGACAUACAAUAUUUGUACAAAAAUUUAAUUGUUAAGAAAAAUUAUUUAUAAGGAAUAUUUUUGAUAAAAUGUAAUAGUGAGAUGCUAGAUUAAGCGACUUUGUAAGUAAACUGAAACUGACCAAUAAAAACACGAUCUCAU